AUGUCAAACCAAGAAGCUGCUCCUGCAAGCAUCACCCCCAAGGACACGGAUGCCUCCUCCAACAGGUUCAACCGAGGGAGGCCACUGCCAACCAUGCAGCCCUCCUCAAAGACAGAAGCCCAGGCAAGAAUCAAAGUCUCGAAAGCAGGAAUCACCGAGUCUCUGGAACCUUGGACUCUCAGGCAUCAAGAUUUUCCACCUAAGCAUCCUAUCUGGGACACACACACUGUUGACAAGUGUAUGAGGGGCACUCGAUGGGGCACUCCAAUUGCAGGCUGCCCCAACACCAGUGACUGUCCAUACAAAGACAUGAAAAGGAACCAAUUUCAACCUGCUCUUUGGGAGUUGCAUUCCGAAGCUGCAUGUCUGAAUUGGAGAGAUGGGACGUCCUGCUGCAAGUAUCCCAUGGAUUGCCCAUUCACAGGAUUGGGUACACACAUGCAUCAGCGAUCCCAUGGAGCUCACGCCUUCAUGGCGAGAACUCAUGUGACAAUCCCUAUCAAAAUGGAAGAUCAUGAUACCUUUGAAAUUGUGUGGGAUUCCGGAGCUAGCCACUGUAUUUCAAAUGACUUGAAAGAUUUUGUUGGUGGACAGGUACAGAACCCAGGACUGGUGCAACGGCUCAAAGGUAUUGCAUCUGGGCUGGACAUCAAGGGAGUUGGGUUCGUGGAAUGGGUUGUGAUGGACAUCAACGGGAACUUCAGACUUCUCCGUGUCCCUUGCUUGUAUGUGCCGGCUAGUCCUGUCAAACUGGCCAGUACCACAGCAGUGAUAAACCAAUAUUCAGGAGAGCAUAUUGUUCUGGAUGAUCAGUCGGCUACUCUCUCAGGAGUGCCUGGAGUUCCAUGUCGAGCUGCAGUCAAAGCUUUCCUCAACCCCAGCAACGUUCCAUCAUGUUUGGGGUAUCACUUAGAUGAGUAUGAAAAGGAUGCCGUAUACUACGGGAAGUUUAAAAACUCCUGUCAGAUCCCACUGGACUCUAGUGAUGACAGCUCAGUCUCAAUUGGAUCUACCGACAGCAGCUGGUACACCAUGCUCAAGUCCUGUGCUCAAGAGUGUGAUAAUGAUGAUGAAAGCAUGGGAUGGAUCACGGAUGAUGACUAUGAUCCGAUGAAUGAUGAUCGGCCUCAAGUGGGGACUUUUGUUGAGACUCUGGCACUCAUGGCUCAAUUUGACAAGCCCACCAUGAAACCAGCACUGAUAGCACCCCACCAACUCCGUGGUGCCAUGACACCAUCAGGGAGUUUUCAACUCAUUUGGGACUCCGGUGCUAGUCACUGCAUUACCAAUGACAAGAAGGACUUUGUUGGUCCCAUUGAGAGGUCCGGGUUCAUUAAGAAGUUGACCGGUUUAGCUACAGGAUUGAACAUCAUGGGUGUUGGAAUGGUUGAGUGGAGUGUAUUGGAUACCGAUGGGCAGCUUCGAACAAUCCGUGUCCCAGCCUACUACGUACCUGAUAGCCCUGUCAAGCUAGUGAGCACAGCACAGGUUCUUCAGCACUAUACCGGAGAGCAGAUUGUGUUGGAUGAUCAGGCAGCCACACUCACUGGCAUCAAGGGAGACUCCAGUCGAAACCAGGUCAAGGCCUUCAUCAAUCCCUACAACAAUAUCCCCACCUGUACAGGGUACCGGUUGAAUGAAGUCCACAUCGCUGUUGUCCAUCUCAACAAUAUGACCGUCACUGUGGAACAGAAAAACCUGAACCUGAGUGAACCUGAGAAGGAACUCAUGCGGUGGCAUCAACGGCUUGGGCAUUUGGACAAUCGCAAGAUCCAGUUUCUUAUGCGAUCUGGAGCCCUGGCUCACACUCUCGGAAAGAAGGCCCUGCACACUCGCGCAAGUAAGCUGUCCGAGAUUCCCAAGUGUGCUGCCUGUCAGUUUGGGAAACAGACCGUCCGCCCAACAAAAACCAAGGUCACGAGCACAGGUGCUAUUCAUGAUAAGCCUCCUGUGUUGAAGGAUGGCAAAACUCUACCUGGGCAAUCUUUCAGUUUGGAUCACUAUGUCUGCUCCACCAAGGGAGUCAAAAUAGGGAGUCGUGGUGGGGCCAACUGUCAGUGCCUCGUUGGUGGGCUACUUGCUGUGGAUUCAGCCAGCUCCAUGUUGUUCGGUGACAAUCAAGAGCACUUGAACACCCAUGAAACUCUGAAGGGAGUUGAGAAGUUGGAGCAGCUCUGCCUGGAGCAUGGUGUUGUACCCAUGGAAUAUGUUACUGACAGUGGGUCUGCCUUCACCUCAGCUGCCUUCAAGGAACAUUUAUCCAAGUACCAGCAGAUUGUACACUUUUCCCCUGAAUGGCAGAAAGUGUUUGGUGAUUCAGAGUACCAGUAUGUCCAAGAUGAAGAGUGGACUCAGCAAAGCCCCGACCCAGCUAUGGAGCGCACCCUGCAGAUUCGAGAGCAGAUUGGGGAACGUCUGGAUCAAGGGAGUGUGAUUCGUGUUGACCAACUGGCAGAUGUCCAACCAGUGCCUUGCCCUGUUGUUCAAAGGGAGACUACUCAGUCAACACCACCAACACCUGCAAAUCAACCAACAGCUGUCACUCCCAGAUAUAAAGAAGCAAGACCUGCCUCCAUCUGGGUGCCCCCAACGCCAUCUACCUUGCCAUCAUUCUCACCCAUCACCGACUCAGCCUCCGAGCCAAGCGUUUCCACAGCAGAUUCCAUUGUGAGUUCUCCGCCAACAUCUGUGUCUACCACACCAGGUUCAGUCUCCACACCAGGUUCAGUCUCCACAUAUUCACCCCCACAGAAGCCAAAGCCUAAGGGAGCAUUGCGAGAACUUGGACCCCCAGACUACAUGAUGGAAAUUCAACCCAACAAGAGAACCAGAAAAGCAACUGACAGAUACCAACCUGAGGUGAACUUGCUGGGAGAGCGAUAUGCAUUGGAAGGAAACACAUUGCAUGGUGACACCAUUUCCUACCAUUUCCCAGAACAUCAUGUCUAUGCCCUAUCUGUUCUCUUUGAUGAACCAAUUUCUCCGGAGAUUUACAAGGCUUCCAAAUCCGAUCCGGACACCAUGACUUUGGAGCAAGCCAUGGCAGACACUGAAAAUUAUGAUCGAUGGGUUGCGGCCUUAGAAAAGGAGAUUAGGGACUUGGAGGACCAUGGCACUUGGGAAGAGGUACCCAUUGGUGAGGCUCAAGGAGAAGUUGUGCCUGUAAUGUGGGUGAUGAAAGUGAAAAGGAAGCCUGAUGGUUCCUUUGACAAGUUCAAGGCAAGAGUUGUGGUGAGAGGAGACCUAAUGAAGUCAUAUGAUUUUGAAACCCAUGCACCAACCUGUGCUUGGAGCACAAUUCGCAUGGUACUCAUCUUGGCACUCACCUGGGGAUGGGCUACCUGCACAUGUGAUUACUCAAAUGCAUUCAUACAUGCCACCUUGGACAAGCCUGUAUGGAUCCGGCUUCCAAGAGGCUACCAAUCUAGUUUGGAGGGCAAAUCCUGUUUGAAGUUGAAGCGGUCCCUUUACGGCACAUCUUUUGCUCCCAAACUAUGGAGCGACUGUCUGUGCUCUGCCUUGGAGAAGUAUGGCUUAAGCCAGUCACAACAAGACAAAUGCUUGUUUGUCAAACCUGGAAUGAUGGUGGUAACCUACGUGGAUGAUCUUGUCUGUGCAUUCCAGGAUCCCACAGAGAAAGACAAAUUCUUCAAGACCAUGGAGGAUUUCGGCCGGCUCAUUUCAUCAAUUUGUCUGGCUACUGCUGAGGCCGAGUAUUAUGCUCUGUCUCACUGUCUCCGUGUCCUGCUGUCAAUUCGGCGUGUGUUGGAAGAACUGACCCAGCUCCUGGAAGUGCCCCAUGAGAUGCGGGUUACCAUUACAUCAAAGGCUGCUGAAGACAACAGUGCAGCUUUGAUUCUGGCCCGUGAUCAUCGUCUCACAUCCAGGACCAGGUACUACCACACACAAGCCCAUCACUUCUGGCAACACGUGGAUGACGGGACUGUCCAAAUCGUGCCCUGUGAGACGGCACUAAUGGAUGCGGAUUAUUUGACCAAGAGCAAGCCUCGGGAGGGUCAUGAAUCCAAUCGCAUGCGUGUCCAAGGUUGGUAA